CAAAGAUUACCGAUUGACAGUCAUCAGCUUGUUCUUCUCCUCUGUGUCAGCCAAUCACCACCUCAGCAAAGAUGACAUCAGUCUUUCCGUUAGCUUUGUUGCUCUGUUUGUCCAGCGGACUGUUGACUGCAUAUGGUGCACCUCCCUGCCCUCCUAAUUGGACACAGUUUGGCUCUCGCUGUUUCGCUUUCUACAUCCAGACAAAGACCUGGAUCGAUGCAGAGACCUUCUGCCAGACCAUUGGUGGGAAUCUGGCUUCCAUCCACUCAGCUGAGGAAAAUACAUUCCUCAGAGACUUCAUUAACCAAGUGACUGGUACAUAUAAAAAUGCCUGGAUCGGAGGCAGUGACACAGUGCAGGAGGGUACGUGGAUGUGGACUGAUGGAUCCAAAUUCAACUACAAAAUCUUCAAUGCGGGGCAGCCUGACAAUGCCGGUGGAGCGGAGAACUGUCUUGAGAUGAACUUUGAAGUAAAGAACUGGAACGACAGGACUUGUAGCACCCCACUUUCUUUCGUCUGCUCCAAGAACCUGUGUGUGUAACUCUACCACACCAUCAUGAUGCCUCUCCAGCUCAUCUAUAAUCUCUAUCAUUGAUUCACUUUCAGUUUGUUCAGCAGACAGAAACAGCUCUCUGCUGACAGAUGACUCACUUUUACUUGUUUAUUAUCUGAAGAGUUAGGGAACAGUUCACAUUUGGGUUUAAAAUUAGACAGAAACUGGCUCACUGAGCUGGACAAAAAUAAAUCAGUAAUUGGACUUUUAAUCUACAGUAAAUAACACAAAAUGAAAUACAGAAAACAUUUGAAUACUCUUUUCCAUUUUUGUUUACUGAAUAUUAUCUGAUAUAACCAGCGCCCCCUCAUCUGAUAAAAUAUUAACACAAUAAUUAGAUUUCUCUCUGAGAGUUAUUGUUCAGAUCGAUACAACUCUCGUGUGUGUACGCUAAAUAUGAAGUUCCCUCAAGCAGACGUUAGGUAAGCACAAAGACUGUAAACAGCUAGACUGACUCUGUCCAAAGGUAAACCUAUCAGACAUGAGUGGUGAUGAUCUUUUUAUCCAAAAUGUCCAGAUAGAAAAUAAAAGUUUAUAUUUUGUCGGAUCUUUCUGUGAUACAAGAGCAGAACGCAACUGUAAUAACACUUCAUAAUAACUAUUAAUAAUUCAUAUAGUCCACUGGUUUAAUGAACUGGUUCCUUUUUAUUCUUAAAACUGAUGUGUUGUGUUCUUUAUUCAGCUGAUUUCCUUUACUAUAUA